AUGUAUUUCAAUACUUUAACUAUACUUUCUUUUACAAUUUUACUUGUUGCUAUUACUGAAGCAUUAGAUAUUCCAGCAACAAUAAAAACAAUUUAUGAAAAACAUAAUUGUUUAAGAAAACCUCAUGGUGCUGGUCCUCUUUCCGUUGAUAAAGCUCUUGAAGCUCAAGCUCAAGCUUAUGCAAGCAAAUUAGCUAAAGAUGAUAAGGGAUUAAAACAUAGUAAAUCUAAUGGAAAAUAUGGUGAAAAUCUUGCUUGGGGAAGUAAUGAAAAUUCAGCUGUAGACUCACCUAAAUAUUGGUAUGAUGAAAUCAAAUUUUACAAUUUCAAAAAACAAGGAUUUGGAAUGAAAACAGGACAUUUUACUCAAGUUGUAUGGAAAGGAAGCAAAUCUGUUGGAUGUGGUAUUGCUCAAAGUAGUAAAGGAACAUAUACUGUAUGCCAAUACAAACCAGCUGGUAAUUUUCGAGGAGCUUUUGAAAAAAAUGUUUCUCCAUCCACCAGUGGAGAACCAUCAUGUUAA